GACCUUUUCAUCAUAUUCCGCCGUCAGUGCGGGUCCUGCAGGUGUGACUGAGCUGACUGCUGUGUGCAUGCAUGCAUGAAUGCAUGCCUACAUGCCGGUACCCAGGACGAAGAUGCCCACGAGUUCGAACCGGGCUGUGAAGAGCCGGCGAGGAAAACGACCCUACGAGGGUCCCAACGGCAACGGCUCCUCGGCGUCAAACGAGGACGGGGACCGGGAACUGGAGCGGAUGACGCUCCUCGCCGUCGAGAGCAUCAAACGGGAGAUGAACAAGGCCAGCAACGGGAAUCCCCCGUCGUCCGACCUCUUCGACCCUGCGAUGAAUGGCUACAUGCAGGAGACUGGCGGAAGCCACUUCCAGGCCGACGGCAAUAACUCCUCGUCGGCGGGGGAGUUCUUCGACCUGGUCGAGACCGGGGAACCGCCGAAUCUCAGCUGGCUCAUGAACUUUCGGCUGGAUCCCCUCUUCCCCGAAGACGACCAGACCAACAACAACACCACCAACAACAACUAUCCCUUGGACCCCACCAGGAUGAACAGGAAUCCCGGUCCGAUCUGCAAAGACUGCGGGCUGCCCCUGGAGGGCGAUGGAGCGGGUCCCCCGGGCGAGGCUCCGCCGUCCCCUCCCCCCAGCCCUCCCGCACCCCACGACCAGGGGGGGAUGGUAAGCCCCGUCACCCCCAUGAACCCGAGCCAGAAGCCCCCGUACACGUACACGGAGCUCAUCGCCCAGGCUCUGAAGGAGAACGGGGAGAUGACCGUCUCCGCCAUCUACAAGUGGAUCAUCGAGAGGUUCCCGUUCUUCAAGACGAAGGACAGUCGCUGGAAGAACUCCGUCCGGCACAACCUGUCCAUCAACCCGCAGUUCCAGAAAGGCUGCAAGUCCCGGCACGGUCAUCUCUGGACCCUGGCCUACGUCGGCUCUCAGGUCGGCAACAACCACCAGAAUCAGCAGGGCAAGGGCAACGAAGAUUCCGGCGAGGAUCCGCGGUUUCACUGGAAGAAGAGGAAGUUGGGUCAGUUGGAGUGCCAGUGCAGGCAUAGAAGGCGGGAGGACAACAAGGAGAAUUACGCCAAGGAGGAGAACCGAAACGCCUUGCAGGCAUCGGCGGAGAUCAUCCUCAACGGCGGAGUGAGCCAGAAGGUGGAGGUGCAAUUCCUCUCUCCCAUUCCGGAACAGCAGAAUCUCUACCACUCUCAAGAUUUCCUUAACUACGUCUCCCGAGAAGAAGUGGUAGGCGACGGGACGGAGAUGUACGGGACCGGCUCGCUCAACGCCCGGAUGCCCGGAGAACACCACCACUAUUACCAUCAUCACCAUCACCACCAACACGGGAUGGAAGUGACGACCUCGACGGAAGCCUCCACGUCCCACGUCUUGGCCGAGAGUCUCCAGAUCGAAUGCGAGCAGGUGGACAUGCCCCUGUUCGGGGAGGACAUCCUCCUGACGAACGCCCACUUCCCCAUCCUCUCCCCUUCCUGAGCGGUGAGGACGUUGCGGUGCCCCCCUUCGG